AUGCCAGCCUUUGAGAAUGGAACAGGGGUGGUUGACGGUGCUCCGAAUGAGUCAGGGCCGCCACCUCCUCGCUCAGGUUAUCCUAGAACGCAUUUUCAGCUAGAAGACCACCCCGUGGAUGAAAGAAGGCGCCUCCGAGUUGGGGUUAUUGGAGCUGGCAUUGCCGGGAUCACAGCUGGGAUUCUCCUUCCUGCAAAGGUUCCGGAGAUAGACUUGACAAUUUACGAGCAAAAGAAAGAUGUGGGAGGCGUUUGGUACGAUAAUAUUUACCCUGGCGUGCGGUGCGACGUGCCAGCUCACGUCUAUCAGAGCUCAAUAGAGCCCAACUCGCAGUGGUCAGAAGUCUAUGCCCAAGGAGCAGAGAUCUUGGCAUACUGGAAAGAGGUGGCCCGCAAGCGCGAUGUCUACAAAUACUGCAAGUUUGAGACAGAGGUCAUCGAAGCUCGUUGGAGUGAUGAUGAUGCCGUCUGGAGGGUGAAAGUGAGACAUGCCGCCACGGGCGAGAGGACUGAUGAAUUUGAUGUGCUUUUGACAGCUCAUGGUAGAUUCACUGCUUGGCGUCUACCGGAUUAUCCUGGGUUGGAAGCCUUCAAGGGAUUUGUGCGACAUACAUCUAACUGGGAUCCCUCCUUCGACUUCAAAGAUAAGAGGGUUGCGGUAAUAGGCAAUGGAGCGAGCGGUCUACAAGUUGUGCCAAACCUGCAGCCACAUGUAGCUCGAUUAGAUCACUACGCACGUAACAAGACGUGGAUUGCUGGUGCCUACACGGGAGACAACGAAAGGAAACUGGAGGCACAGCCCAUCCCAUCCGAUCUCCGAGAGUCAUUCAAAGAUGAUGCCGACAAGUAUCUUGCCUAUAGGAAGGGCGAGGAAGAUCAAUACUGGCGCAGAUUCGAUGCUCUGUUCAGGAACUCUGAUACAAAUUCGAAAGCAAAGCAACAGUACCUCGAAGUCAUGAGAAAAAGGGUGGCGAAGAAACCAGAGCUUCUCGAUUCGCUUAUUCCAGACUUUGCACCACAUUGCCGAAGACUGACCCCCGCCCCUGGCUAUUUGGAAGCCCUUUGCGAAGAAAACGUGGACUUUAUCCAAACACCGAUCAAGAGGUUCACAGAAACAGGUAUAGAGACUAUCGAUGGGAAACAACGCGAUGUUGACGCUAUAUUUUGUGCAACUGGUGCCAACGUGGAAUCUGCAACACCUUACUCGGUCAUCGCUAGAGGCGUCGAUCUUCGCGAGGCCUGGAAACCUGACGGCCUCUUUGGCUGGCCGUACUCAUACAUGGGCGUGGGGACACCGGGUUUCCCCAACCUGUUCUUCAUAUUUGGGCCGCACAGCGCUGGUGUUUCGGGGACAGUCCCAUCAACGGCAGAAAACUACGUCACAUACAUUGCGAAAGUGUUGCGCAAGAUCUCCAGCCAGGGCAUCCGGACCAUCACGCCGAGCCGACAGGCCGCAAACGACUUUGUUGAAUACUCGGACGCCUUCUUCCCCAAAACCUAUCUCACGGAUCACUGCAGUGCUUGGCACAACAGUGGGCAACCUGGUUCAAGGAUUCAUGCGCAUUGGCCAGGAAGUGCUUCGCAUGAGAGAUAUGUCAGGUUUGAUCCGCGGUGGGAGGAUUUCGAAUAUACAUAUCUCUCUAGGUCGGGAAACCGCUUCGCAUGGCUAGGUAAUGGAUGGAGCAAGAAGGAGAAGAACAAGGAAGAGGAUCUUACAUGGUACCUCCGAAAGCCGGAGGAAGUGAAUCUCAAGAGUUGGUAUGAGAACUGGUAUGAAGUA